AUGGUGUGUGACUCCAACAAGGAUCCAGUUGCAACUUUCUCUUAUUGUAAGACUGACAUGGCAUUUGAGUCCAUGACAAUAAGAUUUGCUGGAGCUAUCAAAGGAUGGAAAGAAGGAUGUAGAUCAGUUAUUGGGUUAGAUGCUUGUCAUCUAAAUGGUAAGUGUAGUGGUGUGUUGAUGGCUGCAACAGGGUUAGAUGGUCAAAAUGGACUAGUCCCACUAGGAAUUGGUGUUUUUCCUACUGAAACAAUUGAGAAUUGGACCAUGUUCCUCACUGACUUGAAGCCAUUACUCUCAAGCCAUCAAAAUCCAUUGACAUUCAUUUCAGAUAGGCAUAAAGGACUACAUGAAGUUGUUCCUGUUGUGUACCCAGACUCACAUGCACUUAAACAUAUGGAAGAUAUGAAGAAGGAAAAUGUUGCUGCUGUGGUGUACCUUGAAGAGGUUGGUGUUGAGUCAUGGUCUAGAGCCUUUUUCGAUGACACUAGUAAGUGUGAGCACCUAAAUAACAACUCCAGUGACUCUUUUAUUUCCAUGGUAAAAAAUCUUAGGUACAAACCAAUAUGUAGACUAGGAAUUCUCUAUAAUAGGUUGGUUAUGAGUUUGUUUCACAAAAGGAGAAAGGAGAGUGCAAAAUGGGAUCCUACUAGAUUGGUUCCUACUGCUAUGAAACUGAUUGGUAAGAUGUGUAAGUUGGUUGGUGCAUUUAAAGUUGACCCAUGUGUUAGUGGUAAGUUGUAUGAAGUUACAAAUGAAGGUAGCAAGGCAGUUUUUAUUGUCAAAUUGGAUGAAAAGCAAUGCAGUUGUCUACAAUGGCAACUCAUAAGGUUUGUUUGUCAACAUGUUGUGUGUUGUUUGAAGCCAUUCAGACCUGAUUGGACAAGGUACUGCUCUCAUUAUUAUACAAUUGCUGCAUACAAGAGAACAUAUGCUCUAGUUGUGUUUCCAUUUCCUGCUCCAGAAGAUUGGUCUGAGUUGGAAGAACAUGAGAAUAUUGAACUAGAAUCUGCUAUCAAGAUCAGGAAAUCAGGAAGGCCAAGAGUUAAGAGGAGGAGAUCAUGGGAUGAGCCUAAAGCACCUACAAAGGCAUAUUCAUGUUCAAGAUGUAAAUCAACUGGUCAUAACAAAACUACAUGUCAAGGUGGUGAUGUUGGAAAAAAUCCUAAAUCUAAGAGGCAAAGAACUCAAGUAGAUGGUGCUACCUUUACAUCAUUUGACAGACCUGCUGCAUCUACUUCUAAGGCUAAGAAGAAGCAAUCAUCUCAACCAUCUAGUGUUGGAAAAGCAGCAGUUGCAUCUUCUUCUAAAGCUAAGUACUCUCAACCCAUCUAA